AUGGAGGAGACUGAUCCUGAUCCUGACCCCGACCCAGGUGAAACCACCCAAGCGGUGUUUACACUGAACUACCCCCGCAUUCAGCUCCCGUUUGAGAUUACUUUAUGGGUGCUACUUGCGUCCUUUGCCAAAAUAGGUUUCCAUGUUUACCAUAAGAUCACAGUCUGGGUGCCAGAGUCAUGUUUGCUGAUCUCCAUUGGUCUCAUAGUCGGGGGCAUCAUGCACUCGUUGCACGAGAAGCCGCCGUCUGUGCUCACCUCCAACGCCUUUUUCCUCUAUAUGUUGCCACCCAUUGUUCUAGACUCGGGCUACUUCAUGCCCACUCGGCCUUUCUUUGAGAAUAUCGGCACAGUGCUGUGGUUUGCUGUUGUUGGCACCUUGUGGAAUUCUAUUGGCAUUGGCAUCUCUCUAUUUGCCAUCUGCCAGAUCGAGGUGUUUGGUGUGCAGGACAUUACCCUGCAGGAGAACCUCCUCUUCGCCUCCAUCAUCUCAGCCGUAGAACCAGUGGCUGUCCUCACUGUGUUUGAGGACAUCAGCGUCCAUGAGCAGCUCUAUAUUGUGGUAUUUGGAGAGUGCCUGUUCAAUGAUGCUGUCACUGUGGUGCUCUAUAAUCUGUUCAAUCAUGUAGCAGCAAUGGAGGUGGUUGAAGCCGGAGACGUUUUUCUGGACAUAGGUCGAUUUUUUGUAGUUGGUUUGGGCGGUACGAUUUUUGGCGUACUGUUUGGCUUUGUGGCAGCCUUCACCACACGCUUUACAGGAAAAGUGAGAGAGAUCGAGCCUCUAAUCAUCUUCCUGUACAGCUACCUGGCCUACCUCAUAGCUGAGCUCCUUGCCAUUUCCAGCAUCAUGGCUAUUGUAAUCUGCGCCUUGACUAUGAAGUAUUACGUUGAGGAGAAUGUAUCCCAGCGCUCCUGCACCACUAUUCGGCAUGUCAUUAAGAUGGUUGGAAGUGUGUCGGAGACUCUGAUAUUCUUCUUUCUGGGUGUUGUUACCAUAACGACAGAGCACGAGUGGAACUGGGGCUACAUCCUCUUUACUCUGCUGUUUGCUUUUCUUUGGAGAGGCCUGGGGAUCCUGGUCCUAACGCAGAUCAUUAACCCAUUCCGCACAAUUCCUUUCAACUUGAAAGAUCAGUUUGGCUUGGCCUAUGGUGGGUUGAGAGGAGCUGUGUCUUUUGCCUUGGCCUUCACUCUCCCAGACAGCAUUGGUUGCAAGAAACUGUUCAUCACAGGCACGAUUGUCGUCAUCAUCUUCACAGUGUUCAUUCAGGGAAUUACUAUAAGACCCCUUCUAAAAUUAAUGAAUGUUCGUAAGACAAAUCGAAACAUGGAGACCAUCAAUGAUGAGAUUCACAAAAGGUUGAUGGAGCACACUGUUGCUGGCAUAGAAGAUCUGUGUGGACAGUGGAGUCACUACUACUGGAAAGACAAGUUCAUGAAGUUUAAUAACCGGAUAAUUCGCAAGAUUUUAAUCCGUGAUAAUCAUCCCGAGUCAAGCAUUGUGGCUCUGUAUAAGAAACUGGAGCUUCAGAACGCCAUGGAGAUACUGGACCAAAUGUCCGGUGACAUCAGUGCAGCCCCCUCUUUAAUUUCAUUGCACGAAGAAAGAAAGAAUGCCUCCAAGUCCAGGAAGAAGUUCUUGUCAUCUGAUGUGACAAAUAUGCAUGAACUCUUAUCAAAGAACAUGUACAAGAUCAGACAGAGGACAGUGUCUUACACUAAUAAGCAUACAUUACCCAAUGAUAUCACAGCCAGGGAGAUCCUGAUGAGACGCCACACAAGCUUACGACGCAGCCUCAGAGCUGGAAGCUUCCAUGGCACUAAUGCUGCAAAAAUGUCCCAGAAGUAUUUCUCUCUGCCCAUGGGCCGGAGUCUGAACUCUGGAUAUCCUCCAGGGAGACUCGGUCACACUGGAGAUGGUGAUACUGAAUCGGAGAUCGACUACCCGUCAAUCAGGCAUCCACAGAGAGUGUCAUCUAAAGCAGUGAUGCCUCUCAGGCCGUUAAACACUCUGAAGGAAGUGGCUUCCUCUGUCAACACGGUGGACGAACAGAAUGAGGAGCAGAGAGGCUACAGGAGUUUUGCCACUGGUGUUGAACCACUAAACAGCUAA